GCAAACAUCCUGCCUUCUGCAGCUCAAUCCACACUUCAAAUGAACCACCGUCUGCUCUGUGAUGACAGUGGGGUUGUUUCACCAGGAGCUUUACUGUGUUUUGGACAUUUAUCCUGUAUGCCAAAGUUUGAGGGAGUCCAGCCGGGCAUCGUUGUGACAGCGGCUCAUGGAGGAUCAUCGUGAUCAUCUUUAGCGCUGGACUCGGUAGGAUUUCACAUGGAGGAAGCUUCCAAGGAGGACGGCUCGCGUUAUGGUUUUAAUAUCAUUUAAAAAUGGCUGACAGUUCAGUAGCUGACAAGCUCUGCAAUGCCUCUGCCAAUGGAAAUCUACCUGAAGUGUUGUUUUUGCUGGAAAAUGGAGCAGAUAUUAAUGGAUUUAAUAAAUUCAACAGAACUGCACUGCAGGUUGUCAAACUGGGGAACCCGGCCCUGAUUCAGACUCUUCUCGUGGCGGGGGCAGACCCCAGCGCGCGCGACCCCGUCCUCAGUCUCACUGUGAUGCACGACGCCGCACGCGAGGGAUUCGCAGAUUCGGUGCGCGUGCUGGUGGACCACGGGGCAGACACGAACCUCGUAGAUGAUCAUGGUAACCUGCCGUUGCACCUGGCCGCCAAGGAGGGCCAUCUGGAGGUGAUCCAGCUGCUGAUCGGGCUCACCGCGAACCCCCAAGCGCCCAACGAUCUGGGCUACACGGCGGCGCAGCUGGCGCUCCACCACGGGAAGAUGGACACCGCCAACUACAUCCAAGAGUAUCUGAGCUCAUGAGCGUAAGUUUUUCUCUCAGUGAAAUAGUUUCUUGAAGUGGAACAAUAAGAUGUUUCUUUAUGACCAUG